AUGGUGGUACGGCAAGAGAUGAUUUUCAGCAAGAGGUAUCUUCUGCAAGAGGUAUCUUCAGCAAGAGUCACAACAAGCUGCGGUGGUGAGGUCCAGAAUAACCUUACGUACGUUACCAGUCCAGGAUUUCCGAGUCUCAUCGAUCAACCUAUGAAUUGCUCAAUUCUUGUCAAGAAAAUUGAUCAGCAAGUUAGUCAAUUAAAAAUCGAUUUUCUUCACUUCAAUAUUGGACAACCUAACAGAAAAACUGGGAUUUGUGAUGAAGACGUUUUAUUGCUUAGAUCUGGUGAAAAGACUUUUCAGCUUUGUGGUUGGAAUAGUGGACAGCACAUUUACAUAGAUAUAUGUGAGGAACCGGUAACAAUAAAUUUCCGUCUAUCAGGUAAUUUAAUGUCUCGAAUGUGGGAAAUGCGCAUAAUUCAAUUGGGAUUCGAGCAAAGGGCACCAGCUGGUUGUCUACAAUACUUGCAGUCAAACAAUGGCAUUCUGAAAACCCUCAACUACCUACCCAAUGGCAGGUAUCUUGCCAAUCAUGAUUACUUAAUUUGCAUCCGACAACAGUACGGCAUGUGCAGCAUAUCCUAUUCGCCUUGUACCAAUGAAUCCUUUCGAAUUGGCGGUUCAAGAGCGAAGCAGUAUAACAUGACAACUAGUUCCAAUAUUGCAGUUCAAGACAAUGGCCAAAGCGAAACUGGGUCGGGAAGCGGACCUCAGAUUAUAGCAUUCGGAAUCGGCCGGUGCAGAGAUCGAAUACUAAUUCCAUGUGAUUUUGAAGAAUUCAUCACGCCUGGAAACGAUGUCGCAGGAAUAUGUGACCUUGAGCAUUGCGGAAUUUCGCUUUGUAGUUCAGUCGGCGAUAGUGAUUUGAUAUCUCGCAAUAUUUCGACUUGCCAUGUAGAAACGUCGGCUCUACCUUUUCAUAUAAGAGUUGCCUUUGGACCCGGAGAAGAUAGUGGAAUUUCACCAGAAGACAAUACUGGCAUGUGCCUCAAUUAUGAACAGUUACCAUGUGUAAUUUGAAAUUUAGUAAUUUAGUUGCAUAUUAAUGGUUUCUUCUGUGCCUGCUUGGCUCUUCCUCUCCACAUAUCUCUCUCUCUUU